AGGGGCGUGGCCACAGCAUGGCGGCCUCCAUGUGAAGCUGGAAAGCGCGCCGGGCUUUGCAGAAAAUGCCUGCUGUCUGUGAUUCUCUUCUUGAAGACAUUGAAGAUAUUGUGUCAGCACAAGACCCAAAGCCUCAUGAUAGGCGGUUCAGAAGAGAAAAUAUUAUUCCUAAAGUGCGCAAGCGCAAUUCACAGAAGAAUGUAGAAGCCGAUGAUGAUCCCCCACAUGACAGUGUUAUUCCUGGUGUACAAAAAAUCUGGAUACGUACGUGGGGCUGUUCUCAUAAUAAUUCAGAUGGAGAAUACAUGGCUGGUCAGUUGGCUGCUUACGGAUACAAAAUUACAGAGAAUGCUUCAGAAGCAGACUUGUGGCUACUGAACAGCUGCACUGUGAAGAAUCCGGCUGAGGACCACUUUAGAAACUCAAUUAAGAAAGCGCAAGAAGGAAAAAAGAAAGUUGUCUUAGCUGGAUGUGUUCCACAAGCUCAGCCUCGCCAAGAAUACCUACAAGGCCUGAGCAUUAUUGGGGUCCAGCAGAUAGAUCGUGUAGUUGAAGUAGUUGAGGAGACUAUCAAAGGUCACUCUGUGAGAUUGCUGGGUCAGAAAAAGGAUAAUGGAAAACGGUUGGGGGGAGCUCGAUUGGAUUUGCCCAAGAUAAGAAAGAACCCACUGAUAGAAAUAAUUUCCAUCAAUACAGGGUGCCUGAAUGCAUGUACGUAUUGCAAAACCAAGCAUGCCAGAGGAGAUCUAGCAAGUUAUUCUGUCCAAGAGCUGGUAGACAGAGCUGAACAGUCUUUUCAAGAAGGGGUAUGCGAGAUAUGGCUGACCAGCGAAGACACGGGGGCUUAUGGAAGAGACAUUGGCACAGACCUCCCUACUCUCUUGUGGAGACUGGUUGAAGUGAUCCCUGAGGGAGCAAUGCUGAGACUUGGCAUGACAAACCCGCCCUAUAUUUUGGAGCAUCUGGAGGAAAUGGCAAAAAUCCUCAACCAUCCAAGGGUGUAUGCUUUUCUCCAUGUGCCAGUCCAAACCGCUUCUGACAGUAUACUUAUGGACAUGAAGAGGGAAUACUGUGUGGCAGACUUCGAAAAGGUUGUGGAUUUCCUUAAAGAAAAAGUGUCUGGAAUAACAAUUGCUACAGACAUCAUUUGCGGGUUUCCAGGGGAAACGGAUGAUGAUUUUCAAGAAACCAUGAAACUUGUUGAAAAGUAUAAGUUUCCAAGUCUCUUUAUUAACCAGUUUUACCCACGCCCUGGGACUCCUGCUGCAAAAAUGCAUCAAGUUCCAGCUCAAAUAAAAAAACAAAGAACGAAAGAACUAUCCCGUUUAUUUCAUUCGUACAACCCUUACGAUCACAAGAUUGGAGAGAGGCAGAAAGUUCUGGUUACAGAGGAAUCUUUUGACUCAAAGUUUUAUGUUGGCCAUAAUCAAUUCUACGAGCAGGUUCUCGUGCCAAAAAACCCAGACUUCAUGGGUAAAAUGGUGGAAGUGAACAUUUAUGAAGCAGGGAAACACUUUAUGAGAGGGCAGCCAGUUCCAGAUGCCAGAGUGUUCAGCCCAUCUGUUACUAGACCAUUAGUCAAAGGAGAAGUUUCUGGUUUAACAGAGGAGUUCAGACAUGCGCUGGAGAACGGCUCAGAAUCAAAAACCUGUCCAUCUGCUGAGAAGCAAAAAGUACCAUUGAGCCACAGGGUGGCAAUGCGGUUGCCAUGGCAACAAGGGGAAAAUGUACUGAAGAUGCUGUCACUAAGCAUGGCUCUUCUGGCAGUGCUUAUUGCCUUUUACUAUGGAGGUGUGUAAAUGGAAGGCUGAACUAAAGGAUGAUCUUGUCAAGAGAUGCAAAUUGCUGAUUGAAAACUGCAGUGGCAAAAACUGGUCAAUAAUUCAUACUUUAAGGCGUUGCCUGGAGAGGUGCUCCUAUAUCAAUUUAAAUCCUAUAAUUAUAUUUUCAAGAUCGA